CAAGGUGCUGAGCACCUCCUGCCAGAUGCAGAGCACCCACAAUUCCCAUCAACCUCUGCGAGACCUAAGGGCACUCAGUACCUCACAGGAGGCACUCAGCACCAAGCAGGACCAGGCCCUAAGUACUCAGCAGUAACUCACACACGCAGCCUUGGACAUUAGAGCCUGUUUUAUAGAGAGAAGGAAUGCUGGCCAGGAUAAGAGAGAAAGCUGGAAAGAGGGAGCAGCAUUGCAAGAGCACAGCACUCUCAGAUGUCACCACUCAGCCAGAUGUUAAAAUCAUGAUCAGUCAACUCUCAUUGGCUAUUUGAUGUUAACAACAAGUAAUCCAGAUGGGGUGCAGGUGCUGUAAAAUGAUACAAAGCUAUAUCUUUGCUCCAGAAGAUGUACAAUCCUCAAGAUACCCCAAUGAAGUAAACAGUUACAAACCAGACAAGCAAGACAGCAAUAAAUUCAAAGGCGAUCAGAACAGUGAAACUCCGGUGCAUAAAAAUGAACUGCAAAAUGAUGAAUUAAAGAGAACAGAAAAUAAAAACAAGUUCAAUAGCACAAAAGAGGCCUUCCGGAACCACAGAGGAACUGCUCUUGGCGAGGAAGGGCUAGGAAACUGUGUUGGAAAGUUUGACAAUGCUCACAGUGGUGUCAAUUCCUGUAGUGGUACGCAUCCCCUUCCUAAUCACAACACAAACCGAACCAAAGAAACCAUCACACAUGGAAAUUCCAGCCAGUCAGCAAGUUCUUCUUUAUCCAACAGGACAAGAGACCUCUGCACCAGUGGACUCUCUUUACCAAAUGAAUCUGGCAAAGAAUGUGACCCAGAAACAGGCGAUCACAAAAAGCCGGAGUCAGAAGAGCCAGAAUGUUCUCUAGAUGAGAACUCACAGUCUGCAGGAGAAAACAGCUCUCUCACAGAAAGUGCAAUACUGGACACACAAAACGAUGCCAUCCAAUUACCAGACCUGGAUUACCUCCCACAUGGUAGCCAAACCAGAAUCUAUCAUGCUCCUGAAAAGGAUAGUUUUUCAGACAAUUACACACAUUCAGACCAAAAUGCAGAGUCUAUAGUGAUAAAUAAGGGUGAGGACCCUGGCCUAAGCCUGCCUUUGCACAUGAAGGAAAAUUAUGAUUCAGUGGAGGAAGCUCUUAAAACUGAGUCUGUAAAUGUGUGUGUCAAAGAGGACAUGCCUGAUGGUAUUGCAUCUGAGGGCCUCAUAACAAAAGCACAAGAGGAAGAGCACAUUAACCAUAAAGAAAUUAAUGGAAAAAUUGAGGAGGAGGAGGAGGACGCAGAGGUGGCAGAAGCUCUUGCAGCGCUGGAAGCUGCAACUGCAGGGGAAGAUUAUGAAGAGGAUGAGGAGUAUUAGAUGGAGAGUUCUUUCUUUCUAACACAUUCAUAGUAAACUUAGUUCUGGAGCUGUGUGAAACACUAUUGAAUGCAUGUGUUGUACAGAACAGACAAUUAUUGUAUAAAGCACAAAAACAAAAGGAGCUGGGACUAGAAUGUUGAUCAUUUUAGCUGCUAAAACACAGUCCUUUACCACCUGAACUGAAGAACUCCCUUGGCUUCUGGUAAUAAUAAGGCCCAUCUCUUUCCCAUAGGCCACAAACAAGGGCGUAGCAUCACUCACACAAAGCCAGCACGUUACAAUAUAGUUCACGUGAAGGUUUUCUUCAGUUGACUCAAGGGCUUGCACACACACUUCAAGUUUCAGGUUCAAAUGAAUCUCAAAGCACAACUAUAAAAACCAGAGUUUCUCCAUUUCCGGAACAAACCGUACAGAACCACAGAAUUGAAUUAUUUAAGUGUAAAAAUAUACAACUGACCCUAGGUUCAGAAAACCUUUCAGAAAACUUGACCUGGGAUUCUAGUUUGUUGCAAAGCAUGAAACCAGGCAAGUUUCACAUGGUUUGGGUUUCACUGUGACUGCAUCUCACAGCUCUGCUAAUUUCUUAGUCACAAUCUCUUGACUCACACAUUGUUUACAAAUGGAUUUUGCCUCAGAGCCUCCCAGAAGAAGCAAAACCCAUUUGUAAAAAAAAAAAAAAAAAAACAGUGAGGGCUAAAUUCAUCCUGGUGUAACUGGACAGCAGUCCCUAGACUUACAGCAGGGAGACAACUGGCCCUGAAUCAAGUACCUACACUUUAGAACUUUUGAAUCUCUACUUUCAGAAAUGUUUACCCUUUCUGGAUAAUUUCAAAUUUUUAAUUUUUGGUUAGUAUGUUAAACUUCCUCUUGUACAAUUUCUGGUUGGAAGCCUAGGAGAUAUGGAAAAUAAACACUUCAUGUUUAAAGUCACCAAAUGUUGGACGCUGUCGAAUGGCUGAAACAGAAAAUGUGCUCCAAGUUUUAUAUUGAGAAUUGGUGGCUCCUGAAUUGAUUAUAAACUGUUAAUAAAAUAAUUGUUUUAAAAUUUAAAGAACCAUUAUCUGUUGACUUUUAUACUUUGUUAGGUUUCUAAAUUAUGCAACAAUUGCUAAGAAAUAAACUUUCAAAGAAACUUAAUAUAAAGCCCAUCCUCAAUUAAUGUGUGUGAAAAUUACCAACCGUUAUGUCCCCUUUGCCUGUGCAAUAUAUGGUAUUUGCCGCCAGUCUAUAUGCCAACAGUCUAUUCAAGUGAGGAAAUGACAGUGGUACUAUGCCAUUGUAAUUCUGCUAAUUUUAGUUGCUGGAUCAGAAUUCUGAAGGUAGAGCUCGUAUCUGAUCUAUACUAAGACCUUUAACCUGUAGUCUUUACUUAGACCUAAACUAUACUGAAAAUUUAGGUUGACAUAGAUACUUUGGUAAGGUGUGUGAAAAAACACACCCCUAACUGACCUAGCUAUGCUUACCUAACUC